AUGAGAAAGGAAGUAGAAAUUUUAGGAGUUCCUAAAAACUAUGGUGAAAAUCAGAAUCAUACCAUACUCGUAGCAGAAAUGAAAGUGGGAGUUGAUCUUAAAGAUAAAGAUUUAGAUUGGGUAACUCGUGUGGGCCCACGCCGACCACCGAAAACUGUUGCUCUACCAGAAGAUAGCGGCAAUAUGCCGCGGCCAGUGGUCGUUAAAUUUCUGCGUCAAUCUAAACGGGAUCAAAUCCCUAAAGUUGCAAAGUUAGUAGAAAAGGUAGUAGUAAAAGAAACAUAA